UCUUUUAUUUAAUUAUACUGUUGAUUAUAAAUUAUCUUCCCAAUAAAGACUUUUCGGAUGACGAAACGGUUCCGGAAGUGCCGCAAGGCCAAGCUACGACAUCAAGCACUGCCGGAACAAGUGCUGAAAACGUCGCGGAUGAUGCUGAUGAUUUCGACCACGGGGAACAUUAUCCGAACGGGGAGGACAGCGACGAUUUUUAUCACGGCGCUUCCGAUGAGAAUGACUCUUAUGAGAUCUUUGACCAUCUAAGUUUGUUGGAUUGUCUUAGAUUCUUUGCAAUUAAGAGUCAGCUCCCCCGUUCGGUGGUCAAUAUGCUACUGGCGAUCCUACGGAAGAAGGUAGAUGCCACUCUUCCAAAAGAUAGCCGGACUUUGGUGCGAACACCUCCCCGUCCUGCUGGCAGCAUUUAUAAAAUCGGGGGAGGUGACUUUUGGUACGGAGGAUUAUCGCCAGUCCUGACCAAGUAUUUUCAGUAAGUAUGUUAUGUUUUGAGUUAUGUUUCAAUUGCUACAAAAAAUCCUUUAUAUUAUUAUUUAUAGAAACAUCGAACCCCGAGACGAUCCUUUCAAGUUAGACGUAUCGGUCGACGGGCUACCGCUACAUAAGGGUGGGCCGACCCAGGUUUGGCCUAUUCUGGUGAAAGCGGUAGACUUGCCUAAGCUUCCACUCAUGUUGGUGGCCGCAUAUAGUGGCCAUACAAAGCCGUCAAGUGUGGAAGAAUUUUUGCGGCCGCUAGUGAAUGAUUUUAAUAUCAUUCAGCGAGGAGGCUUGACCAUCGGCGAUAAAACGUUGCAGUUUCGGGUACGCAAUUUUAUCGCUGAUACACCGGCUCGAGCGUUCAUAUUAGCAACGACGAACCACAACGGAUACGACAGUUGUUUAAAGUGCACUUGCCAUGGCGAGUGGUGUGAAGAGGGAAAAAAAAUUAUUUUUGAUUCCGUCGAUGCUCCCCUUCGUACGGACGAAGGGUUUCGUGGUAGAGUCAUAUUGAACCAUCAUCAGGAGUGGCGUACACCUUUAGAAGAAUUAGAUAAUUUUGAUUUAGUCGACAACGCUCCCACUUCGGAGCGUGAACACCUGUGUGACGAGGGGUGUACACGUUUCAUGCAACGGGGAUUUAUGUUCGGCAAAUUUCCCCGUAAUAAAAAGUGGACACCUCUCCAAAUGGAAGCUGCGUCUAAAUUUUUAAUGCAGACAAAGCUUCCUACUGAGAUCCAUCGAUCAUUUCGGCUUCUCAGAUAUCACGCCUUUUGGAAAGCUACCGAGUGGCGUAGCUAUCUACAUUAUGCAUCAGUUGUGGUUCUGAAGGACCUGGUUGAUCCAAUCGCCUAUGGUCACUUCCUGCUCUACUUUAGUGCUGUGACAAUUUUUUCGACCAAAUUUCAUCAGCACUUGUGGCUCCGUGCACGAGAUUAUCUUCGCAUAUUUGUGAAGAAUUUCGGCCAAGUCUACGGUCGAAAAUAUUUAACAAGCAACAUCCACCUUCUCGUUCACAUUUAUAAAGAUGUUGAAAAAUUUGGAGCGCUCGACGAUUUUUCGGCCUACGCAACAGAAAAUUUUUUGCAAAAUUUUCCACGCUGGGUCCGAGCGGGCACGAAAUGUGUGGAGCAAAUUGCAAACAGAUCAAGCGAUCUAAUGAGCCUUGAUCUGGUUGCUACCCCGCCAGCUCCACAGUAUCCGAUGUUGAAGGCAAAUGGUGUCGGUCUACAUGUGACCGCCGAUUUUGUCUUACUGCCAAAAUUUCAAGACCAAUGGUUUUUGACCAAGGACAAUGGCAUAGUUAAAUUUUUGAGUGCGAAAACAUCAGGCUCGCACGAUAUCACCGUAGUUGGGAUCCGGUUUUUAACCAUGGCCGCGCUUUACGAGAUCUCAGCAGAAGGCGGUGUUAUUGCACCAAUGUCUUCUGCUGAGAUCCACGUUUACCAAACGAUGGAAAACGCGCCGGCUGUGGUGGUGGAGGUUCCAUGGACUGCAAUCAGAUGCAAAAUGGUUGCAGUGAAGCAACCCACGCGUCCUCUUAAUCUCCCUCCCAUUGAUCCUUCACCAAACUCAACAAUUCCUUCCGCCAUAGCCUUUUUUCCUCUUCUCCACACCUUUAUUCCUGAUUAAUUUCCUCCCUUCAGUCGAAAACAUUUGCCUCCUCGACACCCUCGAAGACGACGUGUGGUUGCACAUGGUAAGUAAAAAAUUCAUGAAAUUGCAUAAAGUAGCUGGUCUAAUUUUUCCUCUUGUUACAGGUAAACUUCCACCGAAACUCCGGAUAAUUCGUGCCCAUCCAUCUGUGAUAUGGACGGGA